AUGAACCGAAAUUUGAUGUUUGCAUUCCUUUUAUUGGCUGCACUUGCCAUGGUCAAUGCCGUUCCAUAUCAACUCCUUAAAAGAGAUAGAGACAUAGGUUAUCCAUGUCCAACAAAUCCUGAAGGCUCUUACAUCUAUGCAAACCUUAAUCCUUUCCCUCCUGUGUCUAAUCAACCCAUUAAUUAUACAAUUGAAGGAGGAAUGUUAGGUUAUGAAAUCACUCCUUAUAAAACCGCAAUUACAAUUGCGUAUACUGAUGAGCACAGUGAGGUUUAUACUAAGGGUUUGGAUUUUUAUUAUGCGAAAGGAGCUCCAUUUUCAAUUGAUGUACCAGAUGUUCCGACACCACAACUUCCUAGUACAUACGCGAUUAUGGUAAUAAUUGCAGAUAAAACCGAUGAUCCAAAUAAAGCAGUACUCCAUGCCUGUUCAUAUGCUACUUUUGGUUUAUGA